CCCAACGCCAUUGCGCAUUUCUUGACCGUGACGACCCCUGCAGCCGCCGCCCGCGCGAUGACGACGAUGAGCGAAGACAUGAGGGUGUCUGGCGAGCUCAAUAAAAUGAUCCAGCGCGAGAUUGAAACCAUGCUGGAUCGCAUGGAGACACUGCGGCUGCAAAGCAAAUUUGCGUCCUUUUCCAAGGUGCAUGUCCCGAUGGUCCUCGUUUUGGGCAACCACUCGUCAGGGAAGAGUACAUUUAUCAACCACAUGUUGAACCAAGAAGUCCAGAAGACGGGUCGUGCCCCCACUGACUGUAUGUUCACCGUUUUGAUGGGCGGGAAACGCGCGGAGCGUCUCGACGGUCAUGCACUGUCGCGCGACAACAAAUUCGGGUUCCAAGACAUUAAAGGACUGUUUGGCGCGGAUUUUGUGUCCCAGGUUGAGCUCAAGGUCCUUGAGGACUGUGCUUUGUUGGACUCGACUGGCAUGAUGAUCAUCGAUUCUCCGGGUAUGAUUGACCCUCCCGGCAGCACAACACAGUCCCGCGAUCGCACCGACAUGGAUCGCGGCUACGAUUUCAAGAAGGUUGUUCGAUGGCUUGCAGAGCGGGCGGACCUCAUCCUUGUCAUGUUCGACCCAGACAAGCCAGGGACAACUUUCGAGUCCCUGGAUGUGCUCACGACGUCUCUGAACCACGUGAACUCGAAAGUCCGCCUCAUCCUCAACAAGGUUGACGACUUCAAGACCGUCCACGACUUUGCCAGGGCGUACGGCGCGCUGUGCUGGAAUCUCAGCAAGGUUAUACCUCGCAAGGACAUGCCGUUUAUAUACACUAUGUACGUGCCAGUUCGUGGUGCGCUCGCGCCGACGUCGUCCAGCUCGGAAGAGGCAAUGUUGUCUUCGCUGCUGCAUACGGAAUUCGAUGGAACCCGCGGUGAAAUUCUCCGAGAAGUGCAGCGCGCCCCCGAUCUCGCGACCGACAACCUCCUCACGUCGUUCAAGGCUCUUGGCGCCCGACUCAAGAUGCAUGUGACUCUUAUUGAAGCGUGCCAACGAGAAUACGUGUGGGUGAAGCACCUCUGGCACGGCAUCACGAUGGGGCUCAUUGCGGCCGGCGUCGGCGUCAGCGCGUUGUACAUCUUUCGAACAUGGGGGGAAUCAAAGUUGCUGCCUGCGACUUCCACUUCCGCGACACCAUCUUCAUCAGGGUCGGAGGUACCGACGUGGAAGCAAGAUUGGGCGAAACAAGUGGCCCAGUCCAAGCGAACGUUCCGAUGGAGCGAGUUUAUGAAGAUUUCGGGAAUUGCCACGACGACGUCCCUGCUGUCGUGGAAGUCUGGCCAGCGCGCGUUGGCCAAGAUGCAAGCGGACGUGCUCAAGUGGCUUCCCGCUUUGUUUGCGUCCACGUACGCGUCGUUCCUGUGCAAAUCUGAUCGCACACACGACGAAACGAUGGCAACGUUUAACAGCAUUCUCCCGGGCCUCGAAAUGGCGCUGACUCAAACCAACUUGGAAGCGUUCGGGGUGUUUCCACUGGCCGAGAAGAAUUACCUGGACGAAGUGCUGGCGACGCACGUACCCCGCUUGGACCGGUGUGUGCGCGACCGAUCCGGGGAUGACUAUGCGUACCUCCGGUUCAAGCACAUUGAGAAACCCUCGCUGCAGCAGUAGAUAGACAAACCCCGCCGCCAGGACUGCAAGGCUCACGACAUGGACAAGCCCAUAGUCCUCGCCACGAGAAGGGAAACGUUGCAAUGAAGCAGGGACCCCAUUCCUCUUAGUGUCUUCCUCCUUUGAUGACCCCAUUGAGACGGCGAUACAAGUCGACAUCGCCAAAUGCUCCAUAGUGAGACUCUGCCCAGACGGAAACGGCGAAGUUGACGAGAACGCCAUGUGAACAUGCCGAAGUAUGUGGGGUGUUUGGGGCAACGAAACGAUUGAACUGAGUCGAACCAUCUGCGUCGAAUGCCCGUGCUGGCCAACACUGUUGUGACAUCGAACGAGGACCGUGUCAUGGCGAUUCCUCACGAUCCUUGUAUCGCAUCGCCACAGUGUCUUGGCCACUGCCGUCAGUUCAAAAACAGUUCAACACCAAU